AUGCCUGCAAUGUUUGUCCGGUUCAACUCCAGCCAUGGCUUCCCAGUGGAGGUCGAUUCUGACACCAGCAUCUUCCAACUCAAGGAAGCGGUUGCUAAGCGACAGGGGGUUCCGGUUGAUCAGUUACGUGUGAUCUUUGCAGGGAAGGAGCUGCGGAAUGACUGGACACUGCAGCACUGUGACCUGGAUCAACAGAGCAUUGUUCAUGUUGUGCAGAGACCCCAGAGCCAGGCCCCGGGGGCCCACUCCAGGACUGCCGCGGGAGGCUUGGAGCGAGAGCAUGCCAGCUUGACCCGUGUGGACCUCGGCAGCUCCAUCCUACCAGCAGACUCUGUGGGCCUGGCCGUUAUCCUGAGUCCGGAAAGGAAGACUGGCCCACCACCAGUUGGGAGUUCAGCAGGUAAACCACCUUACAACAGCUUCUACGUGUAUUGCAAAGGCCCUUGUCAAGCAGUGCAGCCAGGAAAACUCCGAGUCCAGUGCAGCACCUGCAAACAAACAACGCUCAUCUUGGCCCAGCCCACCCCAAUGAGGAAAGAACCAUCAUUGCUCCCCUCUGGCAGCUCAGAGGCUGCUGCCCACAAUCACCUGGACUUUGUCAGUAACAGGGAGCGCUCCACCUUUAUGGACCUGAAUCAAAUGGCUACUCCACAAUACCUGCAUGUCUUUGACCCCUGUGCUACCUGA